CUGGAGAGAAAGACGGAGCAGGACGGUCACCUGUGGGACGUGGGAGAAAUCCUGAGAUUCCAGCAAACUACCACAACUUUCUAUACUGUCUGUAAAGCAUUCAUAUGCUUUUAUUUUUAUAGUUGCUAGUGUGUCGUUAAUUUAGAUACGGAUUUACUCGCGUGCAUCCGUUAAUUGCGAUCUAAAUCGAACGGUUAAUCCUAUUUGAAAACGCCACCAUCGCACGGGACUGGAGCGACAAAAAAUUAUUUUUCUGGCCUGAAGAUAUUGCUGUCUCUUGGAUCAAAAUCUAAUCUUCCUCAAUGACCGACCCAGAGAAUUCCAACACGGAUUCCAAAUUGGAAUCUGUCAUACAGGUGAUGUCAUGUCAUGGCCAGUGCAUGAUUGCACUUUUAUUUAUCGUUAUUUUUUAGGGUGUAUUGGUAUUCUUCCUGAAUAUAAUUGAUUUACAGAAAUAUCAAUAGGCCACCCAAUAUGUUAUAAUUAUGUAGGCUAGUUGUAAUUACAAUAGACUUCUUCACUGGGGAUGCUGAUGGUUUAACACUUCGACAGAGAUGCCACACAUUCUGCUCUAUGUUGUGUGCUGAAAGUGUGUGUAUUUGCACUCUGCAGAGUAUGAGGUCAAUGUUCUAUUCUGAACACAGCUCUGUGGUAGACAGGAGUGACUGCUGAGACACCACCUGUCCUCAUGGCACUGUGCACUGCAGGGCCCUGAGCUUUAGUCUGUCUCUGAGGACAUGAACUAUCACAAAUAAGAUAGAGAUUGCAGAAAGGGUAAUCAAAUGGACAUUUGACACAGCCUCACACAAUUCAAGCAGGUGGCUGCAACAGCUGUUAUCCCAUCUUCAAUGUACAUGCUCUCUCGCUGUCUCUCCCCCUAACUCUCCUUUCUCCAAUAUAAAUGCUUCUGUGUCUCCCUAACAGAGGCUGGAGGAGAGUGUGUUGUCUGAAGAGAAGAGGCUGACAGUCCGUGGCACCUCCCCUGAAGACCCUCCUACGUGUUUACCUGCACGGGUCCGAGAGAUCGUCACCAAGAACCUCAACGAGAGCCGUGAGUGGGUUAGCCAUAAGACUGCUGAACAGUUAAUCAAAUGGCUACCCUGACUAUUUGCAUUGACCCCCUUUUUAUUUGCACUGACUCUCUUGCACUGGCUCUAUGCACACUCACUGGACUCUACCCACACACUCAAACAUACUAUACAGUCACAAUUCAACACACACACACACACACAUAGACACAGUUUCACACUCUUCACAUAUGCUGCUGCUACACUGUUUAUUAUCUAUACUGAUUGCCUAGUCACUUUACCCCUACUGACAUGUACAUAUUACCUCAGUUACCUCAACUACUUUGUACCUCUGCACAUUGACUCGGUACCGGUCCUCCUUGUAUAUAGUCUCGUUAUUGUUAUUUUAUUGUGUUACUAUUUCCAAUGCUCGUAAGUAAGCAUUUCAUGGUACACCUGUUGUAUUCGGCGCAUGUGACAAAUACGAUUUGAUUUGAGUGGCCAACCACCUGAUUACUCUAAAAAAUCACAGAUGUAUUCAAAGUAGUGUCCUGAGUAUUGAACGAAGCGCUGUGCUCUUCAUUAACACGAGUGGUUGUCUGUGCCUCUCUCUUUCACCUCCCCACCCCACCCCAGCACCAGGAGCCAUGUCCUCAGUGAUGUCAGUCCAGGAGGAGAACCGGGUGCUGCAGGUAGAGCUGGGAAGGCUGGAGGAUCUUCUGGCCCAUAGCAGGGCAGACCGAGAUGAGCUGGCCAUCAAAUACAGUGCCAUCAGCGAGAGGGUAAGAGACAGAGAAGAGAAGGAAGGAAAAAGAGAUUGAUCAUGAGAUGAGUGGAGGGAGAGAUACAUAAGACAGGGAACAGUAAGUCAAAGAUAAAAUGAGAUUAUUUAGGAAAAGAUAACAGGAUUGGAUGUGAAGCACAUAAGUAAAUGGAGGUUGAGAGAGGGAGAAUGAAUGCAUUUGUUGGCGAUUAGUUAGUGAGUUCUCUUCUUAAUUAUUCAUUUGGGCUGGUUGUAGUACUACACUAACCUGGCUGCUAGAGGCAAAUAUGUGGUGGGUUUAAACGCUUGACCCACAAAGGGGCAUUCCGUACGGGCAUUUGACAGACACAUAUAAGAAAUAUCAAUGUACCCCUAUCUCAAUUCUCCUUUUACUAUUUUCUUUGUCUGCUCUGAAGAAUUUUCUCAGUCUCCUUGGUUACGGGACUGGAAUGAAGUGAAGUGGCAUGUUGCUAUGGCGUUCGUCCCCCAUGGUGAUUGUAAACAGAGGCUUCAGUGGGGAGGAGAGGGCAGAUCAGGCCAGAGUGGGGGGCUCAGUAGUAUGGUGUUAGAAUUUAGCCUUACUAAAUGUGGCUGUACAUGCAAGAUUGUCAGCUCUAAAACAAACAGGAAAUAUCUCCUAUGUUACCUUUAAUCAGUGUUCUUCAAAUGGUGAUUUAGAUAACAUGCAGUUAAAAUGACUCUUCUGACAAAUGAGACUAAUGUAAAUGUACUGCUAAAAUCCAACAUCCAGGCUACUAUAACAUGAAUCCACAUGUCAGUGGUUUAUGGCUAAAUGUAGAAUACAGAAAGGCUUAUCUAUAUAGACACAGUUAUUGGGACCUACAGAGGUUCCUAUGGAGACAGGUUUGUGUUUACUGCUAGACUGAACUGUGGUGUUCUCCAUGGAGAGCCCCUGAACAUUCAUUACAAUGCUGCUUACAACUCUCCUCAAUCACAGAGCCCUCUGAGAAACCAUUUUGGUCAGAUAGCGGUAGGUAGAUGCAAAUGGAACCACCUUGCACGAUGCAAUAAUUAUGCAUUUAUAACACAGAGAAUUAUGGUAAAACAUUUCAGCAUAUCUUAUUUUAUUUCAUUUAUUUUCUAUAGCAUACCUGGCAAACCUGAAGAAAGACAGUCAGCAACAGUGGUUACAUAUCAGUCUGAGUUCUAGUACUCUGAAGCGUAAGGCAGCGACUCCCCCUGUGCAUCAUCAACCCCCCACCCUCUAUGUGUUUUCAUCCACAUAGCUAGAGCAGGCGCUCCGCCUGGAGACAGGUGACGGGGAGCGGGAUUCACCAGAGUCUCGCAGCCUGGCUCAGCAGAACAUGGACCUGCGCCGGCGUCUGGACGAGGAACAGGCAGCCUACAAGCGUAAACUCACAGCCUACCAGGAGGGCCAGCAGAGACAGGCUCAGCUGGUGCAGAAACUGCAGGCCAAGGUAUCACACUAUGAUGCGUCUGUUUACAUUCACCUCCCAUUUAUUUGGAGGGUAAAGGGUGUUUUACUAGUUCAUUUGUAUGCCCGUAAUUGUCUGUCAACCCCCUCUCAGUUGUCAACAGGUAUUUUUUUAACUUUAUUUUUAUUGAAGAACACACACAUGAACAGAAAGCAGGUAAUGGCAUUGUUUUUUUAUGGUUGUAAUAUGGGAUGUAAGUUCAUGAACCACAUAGAUGUCUUCCUGUAUGACAUCACUGCCUUACUGACUCUCCUACUAAGAAUAAAACAAUUUGAUGGUGACAAAUGGGAACCUGAUGCUGAUUAGCUAAUCUAUAUUAUGUCACCAGUCAGAGAGCAGAUCAGCUCACUGUGUCCUCCCCUCCAGGUCCUGCAGUACAAGAAGAGGUGUGGAGAUCUAGAACAGACUCUAGUGGAGAAGUCCUCGGAGCUGGAGCAGCACAGACUGAGUGUUCGUAAUGCGCUACGCCACUAUGGAGACAUUCUGAAAGAACUAACCAUGCAAUUUAGUAACAGCAUUGAGUUAAUCUACAAUUCACAUCUGAUGCAUAGCUGUCAUUCUUAUUUCCCUUUAGGGUCGUUGUGAUAUGUCCAGCAACAGUCACCAUCGAGAUGAGGAGGAUCCAUGCGGCGACCUGGAAAAUGCUCUCAUCCGGUUAGAGGAGGAGCAGCAAAGGUUAGUGAUUGGAAUCUGCCUGGGCCAAUCAGCAAUGAAACUAAUGACAUACAGAAUUCAAUUCAAUGCAAUUGAUGCAAUGCCGUGUUAUGCUCCACAGGAGCAGCAGUCUGUCUGCAGUGAACGCCAUGCUGAGAGAGCAGUUGGAGCAGGCAGGACUGGCUAAUGAGGCACUCAGCCAGGACAUACGCAGACUCACUGCUGAUUGGUCCAAAUCCAGGGAGGAGCUGGAGCAGAGGGAGUCUGAUUGGAGGAGGGAGGAGGAGGUGGGUAUUAGAAAUUAGAGUUUUUGUGGAUGGCUGUUUUCAUUUUUCAUAUUAGAAACACUUCUCUUAUUUUCUGUCACGUGACAUUGACAUUUCACAAUUUCUCUCUCUUAGUCUUUCCACAGUUAUUUCAGCAGUGAGCACAGUCGUCUGCUAUCCGUAUGGCGACAGGUGGUUGGCUUCCGUAGACAGGUCUGUGAGCUGAAGAGCGCCACAGAGAGGUCCGAACAACUAACUGCAUAACACACUGCAUAAAUGCACUCCAUUAUAUAGUUGCAUGUUUGUGUAUUUGAAAUCUUUCAUAUUUCCCCUUUCCCCCUGCCAGGGACCUGUCAGACAUGCGUAACGAGCUGGCCCGGGCCUCCCACUCUGUCCAGUCGUCCUGCUCUGGCCUGUCCUCCACACUGCGCAGCCGGGAGGGAGGGGCGACCCUGGCUCUGGAGCGGGAGGCGGCGCUGCGGGGGCAGCUGGAGCUGCAGCUCAGAGAACGGGUGGCCGAGAUGAUGAGCCUGCAGACCAGGACGGACGCUGAAAGGGCUGAGCUCAACGCCAGGUCAGAGAGAGAACUGAACACUGCUCCGUCACUAUCUGCGUCCCAAAUGGCACCCUACAUAGUAUAAUACUUUUGAGCAGAGCCCUGUGGGAUUCAGACACUGUCUGUCUUUCUGUGUCUUUGUGUUUGGUAAGUGGCAGCCUGAUCUGCCUAGUGGCGGUAGACAAAUCAGGAGUGUAACGUGCAUCUUAGAGAUUCAAUGGUAUACUAAGUGGUCUGUGUGUUUAUGGGCAGGCUGUCAGAUGCAGUGCGAGAGGUGGAGAGGCUGAAGGGCCAGAGUGAGGAGAGAGACAGAGACAUGGCCUCACUGACCAGGAGACUGGAGGUGAGAGACUGGCCUGUGUGAACCCAGCAGAGAUACUUCCUGUAGCCAUUAGCCAUCCUUAGCCUUCAUACCCCUCCCUUCUCAUUAUGGUUCUAUCCUCCUACAGGAGCAGAGUGGCAACGAUGAGACAGACAUGCAGGUGAUGAGGGCUCAUACUGAAACACUGCUGGACACACUGAGAGACAUUGCCCAGGUACAGCCGUCUCACGCACACACACACACACACAAACACACACACACAGCAAACUUUUACCAAAACUCUUUAUUGAAUCCUCUUCCCAGACUGUCCUGUCCGAUGGGGACUCGUCAUCAGAAGCAGACCAGGAGAACACUGGGGCUCCUCUAUUGGCUCUUCUCCGUGGCUCCUCCCCUCACCGCUCCUCAUCACCACGGGGAUCCACCUCUCCCAGGCGCUACUCCUUGUUGGCCACCGUCUCAGAGGGCAGCCUGUCAGCCCUGCGCUCUGCUGUCAACAACAGACAUCUCCAGCUGCAGGUACCCCCUCCACACUGUCCCUCUGCUGCAGCUGGACACAUUAACACAUAUACUACUAUCUAAAUGGGUUUACUAUAGUGAUUCUCUGGGAUUGCAAAUUGAGGCUUCUUACGGCCUGCUUUAUUCCCAUGUUACAUUGUCAAACUUUCCUAUACAAACCUUUUCUAUAAAAGUUAUAUUUUUCAGUGUAUCACUUUCAGUGUCCAGUGUUCAGUGUCUCACUCUCUCCUCUGCCUCUGUUUUUCUGGUCAACAGGAGUUCCGGGGGCGUCUGUCCUCUGCCCAGUCAUCAGUGCAGUCGCUGCGCAGGCAGUUAACAGAGUCGGAGUUAGCCAAGCGGGAGACGGAGCAGCGCUGUCAGACCCUGCUGGGAGAGAGGGAUGGAGUUCAGAGAGAGAAGGACACCACACAGAGAGAGAGAGACCGUCUGAAACAUGACAGGGACACACUGGCUAGGUAAAACCUAACACAACUUGGGUGAUGGAAAACCCUUUAGGACCAGGAAGUGUCUGCCCUCAGUGCCCUGGUUAAAGAACACUUACUCUAUGUAUAUUAAAGGUUAUAUUUCAGUAGAUAUGUCUAAUGUAUCCAUUGUCCUGUUGUCCUCUGUGUCUUUGUGUAUAUCCUGUCAGUGAGAAGGUGGCUGUGGAGAAGGCAGCCCAGGCAGCUCUGGUCAAGGCCCAGAUUCUGCAAAUGGACUGUGAGAAGCUGCAGCAGGCCGUGACGUCGGCCCAGAGAGAGAGGGAUCACGAGAGAGAGGAUAAGGUGGACGCGCUGCAGGAGAGAGACCGGGCCAAGGCAGAGACCGAGAGAGUGUGAGUGAGAGUGUGUGAAAAGAAAGGUGGAAGGGAGAGAGUGAUGGGGAAAAGAGGUACAUGUAAAUAAUGAAAUGAUGAGAAAGGAGGAGAUGAGGGAAGUAAAUUAUGAGAAAUAGAAGAAAAUGGAGGAGAUUGCAAGUAUACAUAACUGUAUUCCUGUCCUUGUCCUCUGUCCCUGGUACUUGUCCCCACAGUCAGAAGCAGUGGGAGCAGAGUGAGAGCCGGGCGUCUGUCCAGCGAGGGGAGCUGUCUGCAGUGAGAGAGACCCACCACCAGGCGGAGGUGGAAAGGCAGCUGCUGGAGGGAGAGAAGGCCCAGCUCACUGAGGCUCUGGCCCGGGUAUGACACACACACAGAUAUGGAUGUCACUAUAACUCUCUGGCUCCUCUUGUGUUUGCUUGUCAUAGUUUUGGUCCCUUUAACUUCCUCUCUGUUCUAUGUUGAAAGGUUACCUAUCCUCUGUGUUAAAUAUCCUGUAUGUUUUGUCCCUGGUCCCCCAGGCUGAGAGCAGUAAUGCAGAGCUCUCUCUGCUGGUCAACAAACUUCACUCUGAGGAGGCUGCCCUCCGAGACUCUCUGGCCAAGAUGGGCAGCAUGAAUGAGGGCCUGGCCCAGGACAAGUCUGACCUCAACUCCAUCAUCAGCCAGGUGGGGCAGCCAUUUGACUAACACUUGUGGUGGAUGUCAUAUAGAACUGAUACAAGAGUAACCAUGUAAUCUUCAUCAAAUCAAAGCAUUGCCCUUGCCAAUAUGUUUUCUGUAAGCCAUGGUAUCAUGGUAUGCCUAUUGCCUAUCAGGAUUUCUUGUAGUUUAAAUGUAAGCCUUGCACACCCGUCCCUUCUCUCAUACAGUGGGGGAAAAAAGUAUUUAGUCAGCCACCAAUUGUGCAAGUUCUCCCACUUAAAAAGAUGAGAGAGGCCUGUAAUUUUCAUCAUAGGUACACGUCAACUAUGACAGACAAAUUGAUGGAAAAAAAUCCAGAAAAUCACAUUGUAGGAUUUUUUAUUAAUUUAUUUGCAAAUUAUGGUGGAAAAUAAGUAUUUGGUCACCUACAAACAAGCAAGAUUUCUGGCUCUCACAGACCUGUAACUUCUUCUUUAAGAGGCUCCUCUGUCCUCCACUCGUUACCUGUAUUAAUGGCACCUGUUUGAACUUGUUAUAAGUAUAAAAGACACCUGUCCACAACCUCAAACAGUCACACUCCAAGCUCCACUAUGGCCAAGACCAAAGAGCUGUCAAAGGACACCAGAAACAAAAUUGUAGACCUGCACCAGGCUGGGAAGACUGAAUCUGCAAUAGGUAAGCAGCUUGGUUUGAAGAAAUCAACUGUGGGAGCAAUUAUUAGGAAAUGGAAGACAUACAAGACCACUGAUAAUCUCCCUCGAUCUGGGGCUCCACGCAAGAUCUCACCCCGUGGGGUCAAAAUGAUCACAAGAACGGUGAGCAAAAAUCGCAGAACCACACAGGGGGACCUAGUGAAUGACCUGCAGAGAGCUGGGACCAAAGUAACAAAGCCUACCAUCAGUAACACACUACGCCGCCAGGGACUCAAAUCCUGCAGUGCCAGACGUGUCCCCCUGCUUAAGCCAGUACAUGUCCAGGCCCGUCUGAAGUUUGCUAGAGUGCAUUUGGAUGAUCCAGAAGAGGAUUGGGAGAAUGUCAUAUGGUCAGAUGAAACCAAAAUAGAACUUUUUGGUAAAAACUCAACUCGUCGUGUUUGGAGGACAAAGAAUGCUGAGUUGCAUCCAAAGAACACCAUACCUACUGUGAAGCAUGGGGGUGGAAACAUCAUGCUUUGGGGCUGUUUUUCUGCAAAGGGACCAGGACGACUGAUCCGUGUAAAGGAAAGAAUGAAUGGGGCCAUGUAUCGUGAGAUUUUGAGUAAAAACCUCCUUCCAUAAGCAAGGGCAUUGAAGAUGAAACGUGGCUGGGUCUUUCAGCAUGACAAUGAUCCCAAACACACCGCCCGGGCAACGAAGGAGUGGCUUCGUAAGAAGCAUUUCAAGGUCCUGCAGUGGCCUAGCCAGUCUCCAGAUCUCAACCCCAUAGAAAAUCUUUGGAGGGAGUUGAAGGUCCGUGUUGCCCAGCGACAGCCCCAAAACAUCACUGCUCUAGAGGAGAUCUGCAUGUACCAGCAACAGUGUGUGAAAACCUUGUGAAGACUUACAGAAAACGUUUGACCUGUGUCAUUGCCAACAAAGGGUAUAUAACAAAGUAUUGAGAAACUUUUGUUAUUGACCAAAUACUUAUUUUCCACCAUAAUUUGCAAAUAAAUUCAUUAAAAAUCCUACAAUGUGAUUUUCUGGAUUUUCUUUUCUAAUUUUGUCUGUCAUAGUUGACGUGUACCUAUGAUGAAAAUUACAGGCCUAUCAUCUUUUUAAGUGGGAGAACUUGCACAAUUGGUGGCUGACUAAAUACUUUUUUUCCCCACUGUAUGUCCAUGUUUCUCUCUCAGCUUGAAGAGGAGAAGGCCCACCUGCAGGCCCAGAAACAUGAGGCGGAGCAGGAGAAGAUGACCAUCAGAGAUGAGCUCGUCCGAUUGGAGCAGGACAGGCUAGAGUUGGACUCCGCCCGCCUCGCCCUCCACCAAUCCCUGCAGGAGUCCGAGCUGAGCAGGGUGGUGAUGGAGGCGGAGCUUCAGAGCCUCAGGGCCGAUAGAGUGAAGCUGCAGGACAAAGUCACUCAGGUAAAUAAUGAGUCUCCUCUCCACUCUGAAUCGGAAAGUGGCAAGAAAGAGCUUCUGUCACUCUUGACUAAUCAGUCAUUAACAGAGCAUGAUAAUCACUGUGUUCUGAAACCUCAUUGUUUCAGUGAACCUUUGUUUGUAAAUGUGUACAGUUUUACUGCAUGUACCUGUGUAUCUCUCUGCUAACAGCUGUGUGGCGAGGUGAGCUCUCUGGGGGCGGAAUUGGGCAUGGCCCGCGGUGAGGAACAGAGACAGGGCGUGGCUCUGGAGGAAGUAGGGCGGGGCCGGGCGGAGCUGGUCAGAGAGAGGGCGGGGCUGGUGGUCCAGCUGACUGCAUCGGAGCGAGAGAACUCCACACUAACAGAGGAGUUGGCCGCAUUCAGGUGAGAGAUCUGUGUGUGUGCGUGUCUGACCGACCGUGUGUGUGUGUGUGUUUGUGUGUGUGUUUUGACGAAUUGGUCACUAAUACUAGUGUCCGUGCCCCUGCAGGUCGGAGCGAGAGGCCUUGGAGACCAGCCUGUUUGAGGUGCAGCAGCAGCUGGUUCAGUUUGAGUUUCGCAGAGAGCAGCUGGAGGCAGAGAACCAGAGCCUGCGGCUUCUCAGGGAGACCACCACCGGUGAGAGAUGGAGAGAGAGACAGAGGAAAGGAGAGGAGGAUGAGAAAUAAAUGACCAUUUAGAGAGAAAUUAAAUAAAUGGGUGAGAAGAGGAUGAUAAGUAGGAGAGAGAGAAAUUAUGUGAGAGUUAGAAAGGAAGAGGGGAGGAUGGAUAUGUUGGAAUGGAAGAAAAUGAUUAAGGAACAUUGAGGGAGAUAGCCAUAGAUCAGGAAAUAGAAACCUGUGUUUAACCCCUUAAACUCGUGGAAAUUGGGCUAUAUGGAUAGGGCCAAAUUGAAAUGUUUCUAAAAUAACUAUAAAAAGCAAAUGCAUGACCAGGGUAGCAAUUGAAAUAAAACACUUUGGAGAUUAUGGGGAAAGGACACAACAGUUCACCUGACACAAGACUGAAUCCAAACAUUACACUGUUGAUUUUAUGUGCAUUUUACAUUUACUGGACUUUUCACAGCAUUUGUUAAUAACGAAAUCAAAAAAUACUCUGGAUACAUUGAGUAACAUAAUAAGAAUAUUCAUAGAAACUUUGGAGUAGGUACAAAAUAAGAAAAAACUAUUACAAGGGUUUGAGUUAAAGGUCUAACCGGUGUCCAAGUGGCCACACACCUCUCCAAACUGCACAGUUCCUAAGUAAUUUAAAUGCACUUUUAUGACUCAAGGAAAGAGCCUUCAACCAUAAGGUGCUUUUUUUUUAGCUCUCCUAGCUUUGCCAUUGAGUAACUGAAACAAGCACACUUGUAGUUUUUUGUUUGGAACACAGCCCUGCAUCCCCACCAUCACACAAGUACUGUUGUUGUUUACGCAAUCCCAAAUGUUCCAUUAUACUGUAAAUCACAAUCUGGGUCAGGUGGGCAUGAUUUGAAAGCGUAUUCUAUUGCCAACAUGGCUAGCUAAAUUAUAAAAUACGAUCUUACAGUGUUAGGCUUUCAAAAGCCACUUCAGACAAACAGAUUGUAAUUUUGGUGCGCAUAGAAUGGAGUCAUGAGUGCAUUCAAGUGCUUGUUCUGUGGCUAAAUUUCUACACAAUAAGACAAACGUCAUUCUGUUCAGGACAACCCAGUGUAUAGCACGUCAUAGCGAUCAUCAACGUUGAUACUGUAAAUGACAUGAGUUUUCUAAUACGGAAAUGUGAAGUGCACAUUUGGACUCACGGGUGUGUGGUUUGCUUGUAUGACAUCAAAGCGGUAUUUACUAUAAUUCUCAACGGCUCAUCUUUGAAAUCACAUCAACUCCUCUCGAUUUACAGCAUUUCACUCACUCAGACAACAACAAAUGUGCAAAAGUAGCACAUUAGUGGGAGGGAUGGGGGCCUCUUAUUGUCGCGCGCGGUGCUCAAGUUUAUAAAGGCUGUCAGCCAAAAUCCAUACAGCGCUGUGAAGCGGAGAACCGGGGCUCUGGCGUCAUGUAUAGCAUGUUACUGUACAGCCACUGCGUUCCAAAGUAGGCGUUUAUCAAUGACUAAAUCUGCCAUUUUCAACCCAUAUACGGAAUGAACGGGGCUGUGAGUGGAAAGAGCUACACCCCUUAGUAAAAAACUGUUGCACGUUUGAUGGUAUAUCCGUUGUAUGACUGAGACUGUAUGAACACAGGUGUGAAACUGGUCACCAUGUCUGAUAUUGUCCUGUGUAGUGGAGCUGAGGCGUGUGCGUGCGGAUGGGGAGAAUGCACUAGCGCAGAGUGAGAGGGAGAGAGAGGCUCUGAGCCAGGCCCUGACUACCACCCAGCAGGAGUCCCAGAAGGCCCUCCACACCGCUAUCACUGACCACCAGGAGGAGGCAGAGAGACUGAUCUCUGAGAAGGUGAGGAGGGCUCAGGCUGGAUUUUGCUUGUCUGUCUAGACCUGUUUGGAGAGGUGUUUGUGCUAGCAGUAAGAGUACUAUUUGGAUGGUUUUACUAUAAAAAAAAUUGUUCUAGCUUUUUCUUGCUUUGCCCAAGGUGUCUCACUGUAGGUCUUGAUUCUACUCAGUUGUUCAUGUUCUUUAUGUGGGCUGGUUUAACCCAUGCAAUGAACAUGAACAACUGAGUAUGUUUGUUCUCCAGGAGGCCCUGCGUCGCAGUCUGGAGUUUGAACAGGAGGGGGCACUGCGACAGGUCAGACAGGAGGCCGAGGAGCAGCUUCUCAGAGCUGAGAGAGACCGGGAGGACCUGAAAGAUGAAGUGAGGAGUCUGCAACACGACAGAGACCAGAGUCUGCUACAGGCAGAGACAGAGAAACAACAGGUCAGGCACAUCUGAGAGACCAUACAAAGACAAUGCUGGCUCUAUUUUUGGCGGGCGCUAAGGUCGGAGGCGUAAGUGUCAAACACACGAUAGUUUGCAUUUUGGUCAUGUAAAAACUUUCACACUGGCAUUUUCCAGCCCUAACGCCAGGUUUGGCAAUUUACCUGUGUAACAUCAGCUCGCUAGCGCUGAGGUGGGAGGGGUGGCAAUAUUUGAGGUGUGUCCUUAAAAACAAGCAAAAAAGUGACCAUUUUAUGCAGCGCUAUGGGAAGUUGUAAGACCCACAAAAGGCAGGUCUUAACGAUAGCGCAGUUAAUAAUGGCAUGGAUUUUAAGAGCGGAAGCGCAGCCUAUCCAGCCAUGACGCACAUUGCCCAUGAAAGAGAGAUGUGCCUUUUGUGCUGGUGAAUCUCGUAUUUACACUGAACAAAAAUAUUACGCACCAUGUAAAGUGUUGGUCCCAUGUUUCGUGAGCUGAAAUAAAAGAUCCCAGAAAUGGUCCAUAUGCACAAAAAGCUUAUUUCUCACAAAUGUUGUGCCCAGAUUUGUUUACAACCCUGUUAGUGAGCAUUUCUCCUUUGCCAAGAUAAUCCAUCCACUUGACAGUGGUGGCAUAUCAAUAAGCUGAUUAAACAGCAUGAUCAUUACACAGGAUACACCUUGUGCUGGGGACAAUAAAUGGCCACUCUAAAAUGUGCAGUUUUGUCACACAACGCCACAGAUGUCUCAAGUUGUGAGGGAGUGUGCAAAUUGGCAUGCUGACUGCAGAAAUGUCCACCAGAGCUGUUGCCAGAUAACUGAAUUUUCAUUUCUCUACCAUAAACCGCCUCCAACGUCGUUUUAGAGAAUUUGGCAGUACAUCCAACUGGUCUCACAUCCGCAGACCACGUGUAACCACGCCAGCCCAGGACCUCCACAUCCUGCGGGAUCAUCUGAGACCAGCCACCCGGACAGCUGAUGAAACUGUUGGUUUGCACAACCAAAUAAUUUCUACACAAACUGUCAGAAACCAUCUCAGGAAAGCUCAUCUGCGUGUUCAUCGUCCUCACCAGGGUCUUGACCUGACUGCAGUUAGGCGUCAUCACCGACUUCAGUGGGCAAAUGGUCACCUUCGAUGGCCACUGGCACGCUGGGGAAGUGUGCUCUUCAUGGAUGAAUUCCGGUUUCAACUGUACCGGGCAGAUGGCAGACAACAUGUAUGGCAUCGUGUGGGCGAGCGGUUUGCUGAUGUCAACGUUGAGAACAGAGUAGUGGCGGUGGCGUUAUGGUAUGGGCAGGCAUAAGCUACAGACAACGAACACAAUUGCAUUUUAUCAAUGGCAAUUUGAAUGCACAGAGAUACUGUGACAAGAUCCUGUGGCCCAUUGUCGUGCCAUUCAUCCGCCGCCAUCACCUCAUGUUUCAGCAUGAUAAUGCACGGCCCCAUGUUGCAAGGAUCUGUACACAAUUCCUGGAUGCUGAAAAUGUCCCAGUUCUUCCAUGGCCUGCAUACUCACCAGACAUGUCACCCAUUGAGCAUGUUUGGGAUGCUCUGGAUCGACUUGUACGACAGCAUGUUCCAGUUCCCGCCAAUAUCCAGCAACUUCACACAGCCAUUGAAGAGGAGUGGGACAACAUUCCACAGGCCACAAUCAACAGCCUGAUCAACUCUAUGCAAAGGAGAUGUGUCGCGCUGCAUGUGGCAAAUGGUGGUCACACCAGAUACUGACUGGUUUUCUCAUCCACGCCCCUACCUUUUUUUAAAGGUAUCUGUGACCAACCAAUGCAUAUCUGUAUUCCCAGUCAUGUGAAAUUAAUAGAUUAGGGCCUAAUUUAUUCAUGAAUUGACUGAUUUCCUUAUAUGAACUGUAACUCAGUAAAAUCUUAGAAAUUGUUGCAUGUUGUGUUUUAUAUUUUUGUUCAGUAUAGAAACCUAAAAAAAGAUUGGUUUCCAUUCCGUUUAAAUUGAUUAAAAACCAAGCACUGCCUACCUUCCCCUUAAUCAAGGCUGGUUUAGCAGCAUCACAUAGGUGCAUCUUUUUAUCCUAGCCAUUAGCCAAGUAGUCUAUGAAUAAAGGGGUUUUAAAAUGGUCUACUGACAUUUUCUGAAAUAUUGUAGUAAAAUAUGCGAAUUAAGCGAUAAACAUAAAAAAUGCAAAUAUUUGCAUAUCGCGCAAAUCGAUUUUUCUGGACACUGGAUUAAGUCACCCUAAAUAUUUUGGUUUAAUUUUGUUAAGACACUCCAGGACAGGACUGACUGAGUGCAGAUUGUGGAUAAAUAUUUGCUGUAAAAUACUAAAGCCAUGUUUGUAAAAUGCAUUUUUGCCAAAUGUAUUAUCUAGAUUUAUUUAUUUUACAACAUAUCAACAAUUCCCUCUGGGCAAGUCUCGAGAAUAUAUCUGAGGAUAACCACACAAAAUUUGGUGAAAGCAGAUGCUGAGGAAAAUGAGUUGGCGUUUGGGAAGAGUCUGACUUUCGUUAAAUGGCAGAUAAAGACAGGUACACCUAAUUAAGACUACCAAACACCUAUUUAGACCCAAUCACCAUCUCUUCAAACUAAGUUACUAUAUAUAUAUCCCAGUUUGUUACAUUCUCUUUGAAGUGGGCUUUUAAAUUAUGUCUAAUUCAAAACAUUGAGCUUUGAAAUUAUAGAUGUAUGACCAUUUUAAAGUGGUUAAAAUUCAUGAAACUUUGAUGAUGCUAGUAUGAUAAACAAAGGAACAUAUACAUUUUAUCAAGAUUUUGAUAGUUUUAUGUUUCAUUUUUUAAAAUACUAAUAUUAAUGGGACAAAAUACUAACAAAUCUCAAAACUGAUAGGUAGAUGCAAAAAUGUAAUUUCAGCCUGUAGUGCCGGCCUUAAAUGGUCUAUUCGUCAGAGUGCCUUGAAUUGAAAAUAUACAGUACUGCACAUCCUUAAACAUACACACAUAUGCCUACCUGCAUACUUCAUUUUUCUUGUUCAAGUAUCCAUCCCCAUCUCCAAAGAGUGCCUCUGAUCCGGUUACCAAAGACGCGCUCCUCCAAACGUAUUUAAAUUAAAUGAUGCAGUAUCAUAUUUUGCUUGUUGAGAACGUGCCUCACACAUUCAAUACAAUUUACGAGAGCCUAGUAAUUUUUAUUUUAGGAGAAGUGCGAUGCGUAAAGACAUGAAGGCUAGGCUCGUUGAUGCCAAUUACUACAAUGUUGACUGCCAACACUCCAAACAGGCUAUUAAGCAAACACUGGAUGUUUUUUUUUACUGUUGCUAUUAGCCUACUCGUUACUGUAGCCUAUGCUAUUUAAUAAACUGUAGUAUAUCAAUCCACAAUGGACCAGGACGAGAAUAAUCUGUACCCCCAGCCGAAAUGGAGUUGGUGACAACGCAAAUACCAUCAGUAUCCUACAGAACUGGAAACAAGCGCCUGCAGUAUUAAGCUAUGGAAUGUGUUGAUUAAAACCUCUAAAAGUCUAAGCCGUAGGGGAAUGCUCAUACCAUGGAUCAUUUAGCUAUUUGAUUUGGAAUUUUAGGACCCUUUAGGUAUCAACAAAUAUAUAAAAAAAUGAUUUGAUAAAAUAUUGAAUUUGGCCUUUACUACUAUAGUCCAUAGAAACACAUUGAAUAACACAUUCAUAAAUGGCUAAAUAAGUUGGUAAAAAAUAUAUAUAUCAUAAGGAAUAAGGUUUUGAAGUGUCUGUCCUAUAUCUAGGAGAUUUAAGAAAGCUCAGGAAUAUUUGUGCUUUUUUGGACACAUAUUUAACCCCUUAUUUUUGUUGGCACAAAACUACCUCCAUACUUCUAUUCAUUUGCAUGGGCUACCUUUGUGUGGGUCGUAGAGCAAAACGGAAAACACUAUCGUGUUCGUGAGAGUUUCAUCUUUACUUCGAGUGGUAAUAUUAGUUUGUAGACCAAAACGUUCAGACACUACAGACAUUGUUGUGAGAAGACCAAUUUUCAGGAUGUCUCAUGGUCUGACAAACACCACUGUAGCUCAGCCACCUUCCACCGCAGAUGCGGAAGGCCAACAUAGGCGGAUGUGGUGGAUUGAGACGCAGCCCAUGCAAGAAAUAUCUAGCUUAAAUUGGCAGAUUUUGAUGGGGAUUUUUGUAUUAUGGCCAAGCCUUUCUCACACCUACAACUUGUUUAUGUAUCAAAACCUAGCCAUUUCGAGCCACCUGCAGCUAUUGCGCUCAUAAUUCUGGCUGUGGAAAUAGCAAAAAUAUUUCUGACACCCCAGGACCUAUAGCAUAGCACUACCGCCAGUGCUUAGAUUUACCAUUGCGUUAGGUUUGUUAAAAUAGAGACCUACAUGUAAUAAAGAUCAGAGUCUGUAAUGAAGUGCAGAGCAAAUGCGGUUAAGAGAUAACUACUCUCAUGAGGUUGUGAUCCAUAUCCCCAGUUCAAGAGGCCCUUUCUAUUUUCUCCCUCUCUCAGAUGCUGUCCCAGAAGGAGGCAGAGAAGGCGGUGCUGUCUGAGAGAGUGUCCAUCCUGCAGGCAGAGCUGGGUACUGCAGCCCUGGAGCUGGACAGACUGGCCAGAGAGGCAGCGCAUUACAAAGAACAGGAGAGGGUAAUUAUAGACCGCUUUAGAACUCUGUUCCCAUUCUGUACUACCAUGAACUGUUUUUAAAGACAUGAAAGUUUCCCUGACUUUGUCUUCAGGCCACAGUGGGAGCUCUGACCAGUGAGUUACUGGAGCUUCGCUCUCAGCUGGAGGAGGCUGGCAGUGUUCAUGAGCGGGAGCUGCACCGGUUGCAGGAGAACAGCUCUGACCUGCAGACACACACUGAUGCUGCCCUCAAAGAGGUAAGAGGCGGUUAGAGUCAGGGAUGGAGCCGGUGACCAUUUCUGGACCAUUUCAAAAAGAAAUUACCACUCUCCCUAACUUCCUCUUCCAGUUGGAGGAGUGCAGAGCUUCUCUCUCAGCCAGUGAGGAGAGCCGAGACCAGGUGAGGCGGGACACGCUGGAGAUGGAGAGGCGCCUCAACCAAAUCCGUGACACCGGGGAGGGGUACAGAAGGGAUGGGGUGGAGCUACGGCGCACCCUCAGUGAUGUCACCAAGGAGAGAGACACUCUCAGCCUAUCAAAUGCCCAGCUCAGGGAGACUCUGAGAAGUGCAGAGACUGAGAGAAUCAGGUAGAGCUUAGCUGCAUACCUCUGACCCUGAUUGUCACCUGUCAAAAGUUAAUAUACUAGUAUCACUCUCUAUUAGGUAGUAAAAACUAUACACAGAAGGCAUCUACUGUAUACAAAAGGACGAAAUGUGUGUGUGUCAGUGUGAAGCGUCAGUGUGAGGAGAAGGAGCAGCGGCUGGCUGUUCUGGAGGAGAGCCUGUCAUCUGUCCAGAGAGAGGUGACGGAGCUCCGCAGCUGUCUGAGAGAGGUGGAGCGGUCACGGCUGGAGGCCCGGAGAGAGCUGCAGGAGCUACGCAGACAGGUCAGUCACACAUACCGUCACAUCUCUGAAACACUUUGUUUAUUCUUUUACACUUAUUGGUUUACCUUACCUGCUGUAGAGAACUCAUAACUUCACUAGGGCAUUGAGUUCUUGCUAUCCACAGGAUCUUACCAGGAAAAACCCCAGGCCUUGGCUUAGACAUAGUCUAGAACUUGUCCUCUGUCCGAUCACUCCAUCAGGUGAAGGUACUGGAUGGAGAGAAGGAACAGAAAGGGAGGGAGGUGGCUGAGUUGCAGACGCGUCUCUCCCUGGAGGAGCAGAGAGAGGAGGAGAGAGGGAGGGAGAUCUUCUCCCUCAAACAGAAGCUGGCCGAGGCUGACACAGCCAGGACUUCCAUCAAGAAAGAGGUGAGGAGGGAGGGAGAGAUUGAGGAGGGGUGGAGUAGAGUGAGAGGUUAGAUUGUAUUUAGGCUUGGUUAAACAUAAAACUUAAUCAACCUCUCUCUACACAACCUUCUCUACUGUACCUCUCUUCCCAUCUCUAUCCUCCCUCCUCUUCCCUCCCUCCCUACCUCCCUCCUCCUCCCUACAGCUGUCCAUCCUCCAGAGGCGUCUGACAGAGUCAGAGUCAGGCUGGCGGGGCUGUGAGAGGGAGCUGACGGCCCAGCUGCAAGAGGCCCGGGGCUGUGAAAAGAAGCUCCAGGAUGAGGCCAGGAACCUGUCCCUGCGGGCCCAGACAGCCCAGGACUCCCUCACCCAAUCCAGCCUGCAGCUCAGCGAGGCCCAGGGCCGCCUGGCUGCCACCGAGGCAGAGCUGGCCCGGGCCGAGGCCGGACGCAGGGAGCUGGAGUUCCGCCUGGGCAGCCUGCAGUCGGCGCUGACCCGUACACUGGGCAUCGGGACGGGGGGCCGGAGAAGUGCUAGUGGGGGCAGGGGCAGGAGCCCCAGAGGGAGCCCCCCAGUAGCUUCCUACAGCAGCAUCACACGUCCCCGCAGCCUCUCGCCCCUACACUGCUCACUAUCUCCCCCCAAAGGUGAGGGUAAAACGCUCACAUAUCACAAAAAAUGUCAAUGUGAAAGUGGGACAUACAUUGUGAGGAGUUAUACUGUAUAUAAUAUUUUCUUCCAGAUUUUGGAGGCUCGACCCCUGACAACACGUUGGGCUGCUCCAGGCCUAUCUCCCCAGAGCAGGGCGACACCCCCCUCCCAAUGCCCCUGCCUGAGCUGGACCCUGAGGCGCUGCGCUGUGGCCUCAGAGACUUCCUCCAGGAGCUCCGAGACGCUCAGAGAGACCGGGUACUACAGCCACACUACAUGGGCAGAGCAGUACACCUAUUUAGAUUUGAUACACAUUCUCCUAUUCUAACAGAUUGAAGUCCCUUUUCACUCUGUACUCUUAGAUGAAUUAUCUCAGUAAACAAUUGUACAUCUCUGCAGCACUGAUAUGUGAAUGUAGGAAAUGCUAAAAGUCUGUCAGAUUGUCUGAAGGCAUGUUGUUGAAAUGUGUUCCUGAUGUUGGUUUUCAGGACGAGGCUCGCUGCCAGUUGGGGGUGCUACAGAGAGAGUUGGAGGAGGUGACAGGGGAGAGAGACUCUGCCCAGAACCGCCUCUCUCAGCUACACAACACACUGCAGGAGUGCCAGGAGGGUGAGACACACAUACAUAUGUCGCACGCACGCAAACCAUAAGAAGGCCAAGAGAAUCAUUUACACAGUGAAGUCAUUAGGAUACAUUAGCAUAAAGAACUUGUCUGUGAAUGCUCCAGUGUUGUGACUGUCUCUGUGUUUCCGUCCAGGUAAGCGUGGUGUUGACGGGCGUCUGAGCUCCACCCAGGCCAUGCUCCAGCAGCAGGAGGAGACGGUAAGGAGGGGAGAGAGGGAGAGGAGAAUCCUCACUGACAGAGUCAAGGAGCUGGAGAGAGCCCUGCAGACUGCCGAGACGGAGAAGAAACACACACAGGUACACAUACACGCACACAAACACAUACUUACUGUAUGUAGAAGAUCUUCCCUGACAAUGAUUCUAGUGUCUGCUAACACACAGUGCUGACCACUGACCUGCCAACACUGCCAUAUGGUGACCCUGCAGGAAGCACUAGGUGGAAGCAGAAAACUAACAGUGACUGUCAUAACAACAGAUGCCACAGAAUACUGAGUCAUUAAACAAAACUCCAUGUCAUAUUGCUGGGCAAAGCAACAGCCCAUAUGUCCAGUCCUCUAAGUCCAGCCCUCACACCACCCUAGGAAACACUUCUCAUAGCCGACAACAGAGGGAGCAUGGGGAAAGAGGGAGAGAGAGAAGGACUGGCUGAGUGAGAAGGAAAUAGAGAGAUUGAGAGGGUUAGUGGGAUGAAGUGCAAGGGGAAAGAUGAAUGAAGGGAAAGGAGGGUAGGUAUUUAUGAUUAUAGAGAUUAUAGUUAGGAGCCACAGAAUCAUAUAGUAGAUAAUUUAAUAGACUGUAUUCCUGGGAAAAGACUUGAAUGAUUUAUGUUGCUGGAAAGAGAGGGGGGGAAGUUGGGGAGAAAAGCAUUAUGGAAGGAAGAAGGGAUGUGGCCAGCUGUGGAUCAACUGUCUAUCUAUGUGUUUAUGUCUAUCUGGCCUGGCCUCUCUGUGAGUGUGUUUGUGGAGCGUCUGUGUUUUCCCCUCGUGUCUAGUUCUAUAUCUCUCUACAGAGCAGCCAUUCUGCUGCCACUAUGACAUACUGUAACUGUAUGGACAGGCUGGCUGGCUGGCUUUGACAUGUGACCUUGUUGUGACUGCCAGUCUGACAGUUUCAUAUAUUUAGCUCUCUCCUUCUCUUUCUGUCACUCUCUCUCAUUAUCUCCCUCUGUCUCCCUUUCUCCCACCUCUCUCUCCUCCCCUCCUCCCCCCUGUAGGACCAGUUGAGUAAGCAGCGUGCGGGUGAGGUGCGUCUGGAGGCUGAGCGGAGGCGCCUGCGGGAGGCCCUGGAGGCUGCCGAGGCCCGGGGGACCAGGGUGGAGCUGGGGAGACGCAGCCUGGAGGGGGAGCUGCAGAGACUCAAACUGAGCCUGGGGGACAGGGAGGCCGAGAGCCAGGCCACCCAGGAGCGCCAUGACGCACUACUCAAACAGGUAACACACUGAAUGGACACUCAAUCAAUGUACUAUAUAGGAACAAGGACAUCCUUGAUAGAGGCACGUCAUGCUGAGAUUUAACCAGAUUUAAAUGGAAACACACUUGCACAAUAUACACACUGACUUAAACCACUCACAUACACUGUGUUGUGCAUCUGUCCAAGGUGGCAGAGGGGGAGAGCCGUGUGACGUCGCUACAGAGAGAGUUGGACAGGCUGAGCCAGGCUCUGUCUAAAGCCCAGGAGGGAGAGGUCUGUCUCAGAGAGAAGACCCAGAACCUCUCCCAGAGCCUCCAGGAGGCCACCGUUGCCCACAGCGCCACCCAGGGGCGCCUUGUUGCACUGCAGAAGACACUGGGGCUGGCCGAGCAGGACCGCAGGCAUCUACAGGUAGGUGGAGGAGGAAUUAUUGAUCGGACAGUGGCCUGAAAUUCAAGUGUUUGUUUUUGUCAAGUUUCAUCCUUGUAAUUUAAAUAGGAUUGGAGCAAAUUGUAAUGAAAAGUCUAGAUUGAACCCAUGAAACUGAAUGGAGUGUUGCUGUUUUCAGGAGCGAGUGGAUGGAGCGCGGGCGUCCCUGGCGGACGGGAAGAGAGGCAUGACGGCCCUCACUGAGCGCGUGCAGAGCCUACAGACUGAGCUGACUCAGAGCGAGCUGAGACGAGGAGAGCUGGAGGCAGAGCUGGCCCACACACAGGAGGUGAGAGGGAGGGAGCGAGAACGAGAAUGAAAGCGAAAUACUUUUACUCAUACAUAAUCAUUUCCUCAACACUAACCUUAUACGCAUACAGGAGGAGAGCGGUAAGGACAUAGCGGGGGCAUGUGAAGAAUUGAACAUUAAAACAUUUUAAAGAAAGAGAGCGGGAGACAUAGGCCUGUAUCUCAUCUGUAUAGCUGUUCCCUCACCCCUGUCUCUCUUUUAGGCCCUGCGUCAACGGUCUGCCAGUCUGACAGAAGCCCAGCGCAGUGCCCAGUCUGCCCAGACAGAGAGGGCGUCUGCAGAGGAGAGGCUGCGGGGGCUGCAGAGGGCCGUGGCCAUGCUGGAGACAGAAAAGAAGGACGCAGAGAGACAGGCGGUCCGCCUGGAGAAGGACAAAAACGCACUGAGAAAUACACUGGACAAGGUGAGACGAAGACAAGAGGGAGAGAAAAACAUGAACCACACACACAACAGGUAGGCAGGCAUUAGGAAUAUGAUGACUGUCGAAAAGAGUUGGAGUACUAAUUUUCAAUCAGUUCAAUUCAGGAAGUGAAUUUAAAUGCAAUUCAUGAAUGAAAAAAUCCUCUGAAAAUAAUGGCAGUUUUUCAAUUCACUUCCUCAAUUAACUGGAUUAAACAUGUAAUUGACCCCCAAAGUCUACUGUUGAAUGGUAUUGACUGGAUUCUGACUAUGUAUGACUGUUUCUCCAGGUGGAGCGUCAGAAGCUGAAGACAGAGGAGGGCAGCAUGCGUCUGUCUGCAGAGAAAGGCCGUCUGGAUCGCUCCCUCACCACCGCAGAUCAGGAGCUGCAGGACGCACAGAGACAGAUAGCACUGCUACAGGUAGACAGGAGACACAGAGACAGAUAGCACUGCUACAGGUAGACAGGAGACACAGAGACACAUAGCACUGCUACAGGUAGAGGGUCAGGCAAAGGAAGGCUAAGAUAAUAACAAGAUGACAUGGACCAUGUUGAGCACUACCACUGAGUGUGUUUCCACAGCUGCUGUUGGUUUCAUGCUUGUCUGAAAGGUGACAGGAGAGAAAAUGUGGGUUCAGUUUAGAGCUAGGCGGUAUAUCAUAAAUAAUGGUAUGGAUCCACAUACAGUGGGGGAAAAAAGUAUUUAGUCAGCCACCAAUUGUGCAAGUUCUCCCACUUAAAAAGAUGAGAGAGGCCUGUAAUUUUCAUCAUAGGUACACGUCAACUAUGACAGACAAAUUGAGGGAAAAAAAUCCAGAAAAUCACAUUGUAGGAUUUUUUAUGAAUUUAUUUGCAAAUUAUGGUGGAAAAUAAGUAUUUGGUCACCUACAAACAAGCAAGAUUUCUGGCUCUCACAGACCUGUAACUUCUUCUUUAAGAGGCUCCUCUGUCCUCCACUCGUUACCUGUAUUAAUGGCACCUGUUUGAACUUGUUAUCAGUAUAAAAGACACCUGUCCACAACCUCAAACAGUCACACUCCAAACUCCACUAUGGCCAAGACCAAAGAGCUGUCAAAGGACACCAGAAACAAAAUGGUAGACCUGCACCAGGCUGGGAAGACUGAAUCUGCAAUAGGUAAGCAGCUUGGUUUGAAGAAAUGAACUGUGGGAGCAAUUAUUAGGAAAUGGAAGACAUACAAGACCACUGAUAAUCUCCCUCGAUCUGGGGCUCCACGCAAGAUCUCACCCCGAGGGGUCAAAAUGAUCACAAGAACGGUGAGCAAAAAUCCCAGAACCACACGGGGGGACCUAGUGAAUGACCUGCAGAGAGCUGGGACCAAAGUAACAAAGCCUACCAUCAGUAACACACUACGCCGCCAGGGACUCAAAUCCUGCAAUGCCAGACGUGUCCCCCUGCUUAAGCCAGUACAUGUCCAGGCCCGUCUGAAGUUUGCUAGAGUGCAUUUGGAUGAUCCAGAAGAGGAUUGGGAGAAUGUCAUAUGGUCAGAUGAAACCAAAAUAUAACUUUUUGGUAAAAACUCAACUCGUCGUGUUUGGAGGACAAAGAAUGCUGAGUUGCAUCCAAAGAACACCAUACCUACUGUAAAGCAUGGGGGUGGAAACAUCAUGCUUUGGGGCUGUUUUUCUGCAAAGGGACCAGGACGACUGAUCCGUGUAAAGGAAAGAAUGAAUGGGGCCUGGAGUGGCCUAGCCAGUCUCCAGAUCUCAACCCCAUAGAAAAUCUUUGGAGGGAGUUGAAAGUCCGUGUUGCCCAGCGACAGCCCCAAAACAUCACUGCUCUAGAGGAGAUCUGCAUGGAGGAAUGGGCCAAAAUACCAGCAACAGUGUGUGAAACCCUUGUGAAGACUUACAGAAAACAUUUGACCUGUGUCAUUGCCAACAAAGGGUAUAUAACAAAGUAUUGAGAAACUUUUGUUAUUGACCAAAUACUUAUUUUCCACCAUAAUUUGCAAAUAAAUUCAUUAAAAAUCCUACAAUGUGAUUUUCUGGAUUUUCUUUUCUCAUUUUGUCUGUCAUAGUUGACGUGUACCUAUGAUGAAAAUUACAGGCCUCUCUCAUCUUUUUAAGUGGGAGAACUUGCACAAUUGGUGGCUGACUAAAUACUUUUUUUCCCCACUGUACCUGUAUGGAUUCUAUAACAAUAUUUCUAUACAUUGCUAAAUUAAAUGAAAAGUUAUACAAAUUGGACUAUUCACUGUCAGUUUUGUAAUAGUUUGGUUGAGUAUAAAACCAUCAGAAUGAGAAAGCCCAUUAAAACCACUUAAAAUGUGUUUGUUGCCAUAAAAGGCACUACUAAUAAAACAUAUUUAGAACUUGUAUUAUUCAGAAACAUAAAAUAACGUCAAAUAUCGCCAUACCGUCAAAAAUGAACCAUAUCACCAGGCCCUAGUUCAGUUUCAGCAUUUGAGUUUGUCAUCCUGCUUUUUUCCCCAGUAGCAGAAUUAUCAAAGGAGUCAAGAUUUAGUUGUUCAUUCAGCCUUUAGUUAAUUGGGUUCGUCAGUUGGUUUUCUGUGUGGGUCAGUAUCACAACAAAUUCAGUUUGAGACCAAAAAGGCCAUGAACUGUAUCAGGAAUUUGGUAAUGAAAUAAUCAUUAUUCAUACUACCAUUUUCCCUAGUCAAACUCAGAAUACAAUUUUAGUCAUUUGAUAAUGCCCAGCAUUCAUCAAAGUCAGGUCCAAUAGACUUAACCUCUCCCCCACUUAUCUCCUAGUCAAACCACAAUAACAAACCUCAUUUACUGAGGUGAUUGGCUGAUGUUGGAGGUGUGUAUUCUUUAUUUGGCUGCUUUGUGGAAGGAGGAGUUGGUGGAUGUAAGAAAGAAGAUCACUUUUUCUAUGGUGAGUGUCUAUUUGUCCAGUGAUUGUUAUACAGUCAGUGCACUACUCUUUGAGUGAUCAAAUCUGUGCAGGACAAUUUUACCACUAUAAGCAGUUGAUCACUAUAAGCAGAAUGCCCUGUAAUAAAGACGAGGCUAGGGUGUUCUUCUUGGUAGUUUUUAUUCUGAAAUUCUCCGUUCAGGUAAGUGAGGGGUUAGUCAGGCGAGAUAGUGCUUUUUGUUGCAGAUUAUUGUACAUUCUUUUUCAUUAGUUUAACCCUCCCAGACACCUGUCUGUUAUUCCCUGAACUCCCUUUAAAGCCAGCCAAAUGAAACCCCAUGUAGGUGUAAGUGAGUUGGGAUCAGUACAAAAUGGCUGCAGCCCUGGGCCCUCUGGCUCUGAAUGCAUCUGCUGCUAUUUAGACACCUAAUGUUGAGCCUGCUGCUAGUUAGACACCUAAUGUUGAGCCUGCUGCUAGUUAGACACCUAAUGUUGAGCCUGCUGCUAGUUAGACACCUAAUGUUGAGCCUGCUGCUAGUUAGACACCUAAUGUUGAGCCUGCUGCUAGUUAGACACCUAAUGUUGAGCCUGCUGCUAGUUAGACACCUAAUGUUGAGCCUGCUGCUAGUUAGACACCUAAUGUUGAGCCUGCUGCUAGUUAGACACCUAAUGUUGAGCCUGCUGCUAGUUAGACACCUAAUGUUGAGCCUGCUGCUAUUUAGACACUAAUGUUGAGCCUGCUGCUAGUUAGACACCUAAUGUUGAGCCUGCUGCUAGUUAGACACCUAAUGUUGAGCCUGCUGCUAGUUAGACACCUAAUGUUGAGCCUGCUGCUCUGCUAGUUAGACACCUAAUGUUGAGCCUGCUGCUAGUUAGACACCUAAUGUUGAGCCUGCUGCUAGUUAGACACCUAAUGUUGAGCCUGCUGCUAGUUAGACACCUAAUGUUGAGCCUGCUGCUAGUUAGACACCUAAUGUUGAGCCUGCUGCUAGUUAGACACCUAAUGUUGAGCCUGCUGCUAGUUAGACACCUAAUGUUGAGCCUGCUGCUAGUUAGACACCUAAUGUUGAGCCUGCUGCUAGUUAGACACCUAAUGUUGAGCCUGCUGCUAGUUAGACACCUAAUGUUGAGCCUGCUGCUAGUUAGACACCUAAUGUUGAGCCUGCUGCUAGUUAGACACCUAAUGUUGAGCCUGCUGCUAGUUAGACACCUAAUGUUGAGCCUGCUGCUAGUUAGAUACCUAAUGUUGAGCCUGCUGCUAGUUAGACACCUAAUGUUGAGCCUGCUGCUAGUUAGACACCUAAUGUUGAGCCUGCUGCUAGUUAGACACCUAAUGUUGAGCCUGCUGCUAGUUAGACACCUAAUGUUGAGCCUGCUGCUAGUUAGACACCUAAUGUUGAGCCUGCUGCUAGUUAGAUACCUAAUGUUGAGCCUGCUGCUAGUUAGACACCUAAUGUUGAGCCUGCUGCUAGUUAGACACCUAAUGUUGAGCCUGCUGCUAGUUAGACACCUAAUGUUGAGCCUGCUGCUAGUUAGACACCUAAUGUUGAGCCUGCUGCUAGUUAGACACCUAAUGUUGAGCCUGCUGCUAGUUAGACAUCUAAUGUUGAGCCUGCUGCUAGUUAGACACCUAAUGUUGAGCCUGCUGCUAGUUAGACACCUAAUGUUGAGCCUGCUGCUAGUUAGACACCUAAUGUUGAGCCUGCUGCUAGUUAGACACCUAAUGUUGAGCCUGCUGCUAGUUAGACACCUAAUGUUGAGCCUGCUGCUAGUUAGACACCUAAUGUAGAGGAGAAUUGUUUGGCUUGUUUGUUCUUCGUCUGGACUCCUAUGGUUUCUGUUACGGAUGAAGUUGAGAAAGUUUUACAAGAACAUGCACAACAUGCUUGACAUACAUUUAGUAUGAAAAUUACAUGAUAUAGCCUAGCUAGUAGGGCACUGUUGAAUAGUGUUCUGUGGAGUCUUCAUUUGCUUUUGAUUUCAUUUGAAGAGGCUACUAUUCAGCAUAUAUUACUGAAUAGUCCAUUUUAGAUUCUCUUUCAAUCCUUCAUCAACAGAUUAAUUUAUCAAGGUCAUGCACGUGAAUAGCUUUUCCUAGUCAUUGUGUCAGCCAAUCAAGAAGCAGACGUCAAGUGACCAGUGACCACCACAGAGGGGCUAUUAACCAUUUGUCGUCAGACCUCUCCCAGCCCCACCAGCUGUGUGUUUAUGGUGUCCCAUGUAGUGUUGACAUACCUCUUGUUACCAUCUAGAAAAUUACCCUAACCCUGUGUUGUUAACACUGAGACAUGUCUCUGUCUGGGAUUUGAGUUUGUGACUAACACUCCUCUAUCUGUGUGUAUAUGUCUCUCUGUGUAUCCAGGCCCAGCUGGCUGAGAUGGAGCAGUCCCACAAUGUGAGUGCGAGCUCUGUGCGGCAGCGUGAUGAGGUGCUGCGUGAGGCAGAGAAGCUGAGGGUCGCCCAGAGGGAGGCAGAGAGGACCCUGGCCGCCCGGGAGAGAGCCCACCGCCACCGGGUCAAAGGCCUGGAGGAGCAGGUAGAUACAGCCAUGAGGUCAGAGGGCAAGAAGACAUACCCUUAAUUUCUGUCCUCCUGUCCCUGACCUCAUCUGUCUGUUUGUCCGUCCCACAGGUGUCCACUCUGAAGGAGCAGCUGCAGCAGGAGAUGAGGCGGAGGCAGCCAUCUCUACCCACAUCCCUGAUGUCUGGGGGGAACUGAGCACAGAGCAGCUCACUUGUGUCCCUCCAUGGGUACUAAAGCCCACUAGCAGCUCCAAGAACCAAUAUCCAAUCAUCAUCUCCUAUGAUUUGACACACGCCUCUCCUCCUACUCAGGGAGAAACUCAGCGACACCACGGGAGGAGA